AUAUUAAAAGGGCAGUGAAGGCGUGGCUUGUAUUUUUGGUUCCUCAGCCGUGAAGCGCAUGAAGGUAGCGAGCCAGCGCCUCUAUGGUUGUGUAGUUGGUGGUGUUGUUGUUUGAUUUUGGUGUUAGGAAUAAAUAAGGUGUUAUUGUUGUUGAAACCCUAAUCAUGGCGCAUAGGUUGCUCCGAGACCACGAAGCCGACGGUUGGGAGCGCUCCGAUUUCCCCAUCAUCUGCGAAUCCUGCCUCGGCGACAGCCCCUACGUUCGAAUGACAAGAGCAGAGUAUGACAAGGAGUGCAAAAUUUGUACAAGGCCUUUCACUGUUUUUAGAUGGAGACCUGGUCGAGAUGCAAGAUAUAAGAAAACUGAGAUCUGCCAGACAUGUAGUAAAUUGAAAAAUGUCUGUCAAGUGUGCCUUCUGGAUCUUGAAUAUGGACUACCAGUUCAAGUUCGGGACACGGCUCUUAGUAUCGAUUCCAAUGAUGCCAUUCCAAAGAGUGAUGGCAGUGAAGGCGUGGCUUGUAUUUUUGGUUCCUCAGCCGUGAAGCGCAUGAAGGUAGCGAGCCAGCGCCUCUAUGGUUGUGUAGUUGGUGGUGUUGUUGUUUGA